AUGGCCACGUUUGCUGAUCUUGGCAUGUUCCGAGAACCACUCUUAAUCAUCGGCAUUGGCGAUGCUUCGGAGUAUCCAUGGCUGGACUCGUCACGUGCAGGCAAUGAUUCCCUACAGACCAAGUCCAGCAAUGGAACGUCGCAAGAAGAGGAUGUUGAUGAGCUUCAAGGGGCUAUAGAGGACAUCCGAGAGCAGUACUCAAGAGCAUAUCUCCACAGCCUGAUGCUGUUUGACUCAGAAACUCAAGCUCAACAUCCACGCCUACCUGCAGAGACGAUCUUCAUACCUCCGACAAGCAGAUUGAAGACCACGACCAUGAAGACUGUCAUGUGCGAUCUGACUGCCACACUCCUGGCGGAGAUGACGACACUGGCAAGAUCCAUUCAAGCUCUACCGACCGUGGCUUCGCCCGCAUCGCAGACAGGCGCAGGAGGGAGCACACCUUCCUGGGCAAGCUCCGACCACUCAAUUCAGUCGUCACGGCGCAACUCCCAGACGCCUAGUGCCAGCAGGCCAGCGUCUCCGCUCUCAGGCGCACAGAAAGACGCGCAUCGAAUGUCCAUGCCAGUCUUGCCCUCUGGGACUGGAGGGGCGUUGACGGCAGAAGAUCCAAGAGCUGGAUCGCAAGGAUCUCGAACGCCGCCCACUACGUUUGACGAGAUAUCUGGUGUGAAUGCAGCAAAUGCGCUCCAACAGGUGAAUAGCAACACCUCAAAAGCUAGCACAUCUACAAAAGAGACGGCAUCUGAUCGAGUGUCAAUUCAUGGUUUUGGUUCAGGUGGCGUAGGUGAGCGUGCGCGAAACAAGGGCCGUGGUCGCGUCGGCAUCGUCGUUGGUACCUUAUACAUGUGCGCUGGGCAGUGGAAUGACGCAAUCCGGGAACUCACAGAGGGCGCAACGAAAGCUCGUGCUCUGAGCGAUCAUCUUUGGCACGCAAAGGCGCUCGAGAACAUCAUGGUUUGUCUGCUGCUCUUUGCGUGGUCAGGCAUGGACUUCCAAAUACCACCGCUAUGCUAUCCAAUGGCAGACAAAGGUGCUGGCUCUAAAUCGCCUCAACAUACCCCAGCCAAUAGUGUCGCAGACAACUCAGGGCAGGUCACUAAUCACGAGGCAGCGCUCGAGAAACUAAACUCACUUCUGCCGGAUCUGAUAAAUAUGAUACUGAACCUAUAUACCCGGGCGGCGAACUUCGCUGGUGAAUCGCUGCCUCCCCUGGCAUUCUCCGAAAAUGAUGUUGCUUCCAUGCUCUUCCGUGCGCUGCCAGGUCCGGUCGAGAACUCUGGUAUCAGCCCUACCGACCGAGUGGUGGUGCUCGCUGGCAUUGCUUCUGUGCUUUCAUCUUUAGGUCUGCAACGAAAGAAGGCUAUUGUAAUGAAAGAGUUCAUCUUGUCAUUGAUCCCCGGGCUCGUCCAAGCUCGGAAAUUAGGGGCUGCAGAAAUGGGUGUCCAUCCGGCCGCAGGCCUUGCAGCACUCAACAUGGUCAGUGGAGGUGCUUCAAGCGCAGGCGCUUUGAACCUGGGAGAAGGAGAAAUCGAGACCGGCAUUGACGAGUUCUUGGGGCUACUCGGGCGCAUAUACGGAAUACCCGCCUCCAAAGAAUCCACUCCGCGAUCAGAGAGAUCGACGGCCGAAAGAUAUGGAUUAUCUGUCGGGGAGACGAGUGAAAGCGUCAUUGCAGAUAUUCUCAAAACAUCGUCAUUGCGGGCCUUCGGUAGUGUCGGUAUCAAGCUUGAGGUUCUCCGCAUGUGUCUAAACUUCAGCGAGGCUCUACCAGACUUCAAUGGUGUUUUGCAUUUUACAGCACUAUUGUUGCGAAUGGCUGGUCCAGGCACCGCACCAAGACCCAACAGCACCGACGUCUUCGUCUCCCUGCCGCGCGACGAACAAGUCAAACUAUUCUCAAAUAUUUCCCGAACAGUCGCUGCAGCCAACAAGCUCGGUCUGCAGCAUCAGGAAACAGAAUACUGGGACGACUUCCUGGUUCGCGGACUUUUGAUCUUGGAAGAGCCAACGCCAUUACGGCUCACUCAUCACCGCCCAGCGGAACUCAAACUCACGCGAAAGGAGGGACCCUUCCUUCAUAACCCCUGGUUGAAGAAGCCUACAAGUAUUGCGGCUGAGACCAUACUAGUGGCCAACGAGGAGUACCGCUUCGUCAUUGCCCUUCAAAAUCCGUACGAUUUUGAACUAGAAGUCGAUUCGCUCAAGAUUGCUGUCGAAGGUGUGGAGUUCACUGCUGUUGAGAAGCAUUUCUUCCUAGGCCCGUACCGGACACAGAAGUUCCAGAUAGUCGGCGUCGCAAAGUCUCCGGGUACAAUCAAGAUCAUUGGCUGCUGGGUCAAGGUCAUUGGAUGCCGUGAACGGCUGUUUCCCAUCUUCCCAGAGCCAUGGAAGCCAUCGAGGGAAACGAAGAUGAAGAAGACGGGUCUGAAAGCCUGCCUAGGAGCGCCAAUGUCACGCCCGUCGUCAGCUAUAGCAGCUACGAGCGACCCUGCAAAGGGAGCUGAGCCGAAGCCAGAAUCCCUCACAUUUAACGUCAUACCCGACCAGCCAGUUGUGGUCAUAACCGACGUCUCCCUACCUCAGGCAUCACUCAUGGUGCUUGAAGGCGAGAAGAAACGAUUCACUGUCACUGUCAAGAACACAUCUCAAACUACCGCAGUAGACUUCGUUCACAUCACUUUCCAGGAUUCAGCAACUGCAGCGAUCCAAGCCGCGACGACGAACAAAGACCUGUCGCCUGCUGAGCUUCAUGAGCUUGAGGUGCAACUAGCACACUACCCAGCCCUUCGUUGGUGCAAGGACACCGAUGAAGAGUCCAUCAGCAUCAAGCCUGGCGAGACCCUCGACUUCACCAUCGAGGUCGUCGGCCGUACCCGUCUCCAAGACGCCGUCAUCCAAAUCGACUACGCCAACCUCGGAAAACGGCGCUCCGAAGUCGACGACCGCUUCUUCACCCGCCAAGUCUCCGUCCCCAUCUCCAUCACCGUCAACGCCAGCGUGCAACUCCAACGCCCGGACAUCGUCCCCUUGUGCGCGGACUUUGCUCUCCCACCCGCUCUCAACCAACACAUCCAAGACCCCGAGAACAAUGAAUACUGCAUGCUCCUCCUCGACCUGCGCAACUCCUGGCCCAACCCCCUUUCCAUAUCCCUGCACCUCGACUCCUCCUCCGUGACCGAAACAAUCCAGCCCGGCCACAUCAACCGCAUCGCCAUGAUCCUGCCCAAACUCUACCUCUCCGACGCCCACGCCGCCAUCCCCUCGCUUAACCCAGCAACUCAGCGCCAAUUCGUCGUCUCCGCGAGUAAAAUCUCGCCCGAAGCCGAGCGCGCUACGCGCGAAGCAUUCUGGUACCGCGACGCCCUCCUCCAGCGCGUCCGGGGUACAUGGACCGAAGAAUCCUCCCCAAGCACCGCGCGCCACGGCGCCUUGGAACUGCGCAGCAUCCGCCUGAGCGCGCGCAUGGUGGACGCGAUUAAACUCGACGACGUCGCCAUUACCAUGUCACUCACGCCCGACUCCCCCUCCUCCGCCCAUGUGACGCGCCUAGGCAAGAAGAAAUUCCAAAUCGAGGUCGAUGCGUUUUACACCCUCACUACCACGCUGAGAAAUCGCUCGGCUCGCGCGGUAUCCCCCAUUCUCAGGCUGCUGCCGCAUCUUGCCGACUUGCCGCAUGGCGUCGCGCUCGAUCUGGAUAAGCGGUUUAGUUGGACGGGCGCGCUGCAGGCGAAGCUACCGGUCUUGAAGCCGGGCGCGGAGGGCAGGUAUGAAGUCGGUGUUGUGGCGCUGUGUAGCGGGGUGUUUGAAGUCGGGGCGGUGGUGGAUGAGGCGGAGGUGCUUGAGGAAGCUGAGGAGGUGGGCAGGAAGAGGAGUGAUACGCAGGGGCUGUUGCAAGGGGAUAUCAUUGGGGAGAGGAAGUUGGGGAGCUGGGGAAUGAGGGAGGGCGUCGUUGUUAUUGCUAAACGGGGAUAG